AGAGUUUGAUAGAUCCUUUCACUCAUUUUCCAUAAUACUAGUUUAUAAGUUGAAAGAACAAAAACAGGGUUUAGGGGAGACCUUUCAAGGCACGCUAACACACCAAUUUUCUUUGAUUCUCUCGCUGAAGAUACAGAUCUACGGUUUUCAACUUCGAUUUGCGUCUGAAAGAGAGUAGAAGAACUAAAGACCAAAUUAGUUGGUUUAUCAUCAGUGUUUGCAUCUUAAAAAAUCAUCUUCAACAAAAAACCCCAUUUCCGUAGAUCAUAUGUGUGUCCGUAAGUUUAAAUUUCAGUUUUCUGUAAUUUCUUGAUUGUGAAUUUCUCCAAAAGACAGGUAAGGGUUAAAGAAACAAGCAGUUGAUAUAUUUACAUAUCACAGUAUGUGUUUUUGUGUGUGAAAACGAAUAGUUAAUGUGAGUUUUUUUCUUUGCAAGUCAAUUUUGACUCUUCUAUCAAUUUUAUUGAUUUGAGUUUGCCCGAAAAGGGAAGAAAAGGGUUGAAAAACAAUCAAUUCCUUGAUUUACAAAACAGUGUGUUCUGUGUGUGUGUAAGUUGAUAGAUAAUGUGUGUUUUUUUAUGAUAUCUUUUUGCGUAUAUCUUCAAGUCAAACUCUGACGUUUCUGUUGCUUUAAUUUCUUGAUUUGUGUUUCUUCAAAAGCAAGGAAGGGAUUGAAUAACAUUUAGUCGAGUGAUCUACAGAUCAAAGUAUGUGUUUUUGUGUGUGGCAAUGGAUAGGUGAUGAGUGUUUCUGCAUUUUUCUUGUGUACGUGUGUCUGCAAGUCAAACAUUGACUUUUGUGUUACUUUCUUCAUUUAGGGUGUCCCGAAAGGGAAGAAAAGGCUUGAAAAAACAACCAACUGCUUGAUCUACAAAUAGCCGUAUGAAAGUUUUUGUAUGAAAUUGUUUUACUUGCGUGUGAUUUAUGGUGUUGUGUUUCUUGUUUCUAUAAAAAUGAAGACUUCCUGACACGAACAGGUUGAAAGCUGAUAAUCUGUAUCUUUCAGUGAGAAAUCUUGGGUUUUUGUUACUUUAUUGAUUUGGGUUUCCUCCAAAACUGUAACUUGAGAGUUAAAGAACCAAUUUCUUGAUCCAGAAAUCACAGUGUGUGUUCUUGAAGUGCGUGAAAAUGGAGGAAAACACAAAAACACCAUCAGCUGAGGAGCUAUUAAGAAAGAUCCAGGAGCUAGAAAAACUCCAAUCUCACCUCAAACAAAAAAUAUCAAAACUCAUGCUCUCUGGUAAUCAGAAAAAACCCGAGCACCAAUGGUCUAAUUCAUCAUAUGGUGAACUCAAGCUUCGAUUCAUGGAGCCUUUAGAUAUGAAGCUAACAGAAUCACAGUUUUUAAAUAUAAUUCAAUCAAUGGAUCAAGCUGUACAUAUAUAUGGUCUCAACCUUCGGAUAAUCUUCUGGAAUCGAGCUGCAGAAAAGCUUUAUGGAUAUACAUCAGCCGAAGCUUAUGGAAAAACUCCCACAGAGCUUGUAGUGGAAUCUAAAGAUGGUUCAUUAUCUGAUUAUCUCCUUGAACGAACAGUAAAUGGAGAGACUUGGUCUGGGGAGUUUCCUAUAAAAAGUAAAAAAGGUGAAAGAUUUGUAAUUAUUGCUACAAAUUCACCAUUUCGUAAUGAAAACAGAGGGUUAAUUGGGGGUAUGUGUGUUUCGAGUGCUUCAAGUCCAUAUCAUGUAAGGAGUCAUAUCGACUCUCAACAACCUCUACAAACAUCAAUUGCCUCAAAGAUAUCAAAUUUGGUCAGUAUUUCAAAGGUGAAGAUGAAGAUGAAUAUGGGAGACAACUACACGGAUCAUGAAGCAAGCACCCCAAGGGGACAUAUUCAGUCUCCAUUUGUAGAUCUUUUUUCCAAAAGCACAGUGGAGCAUUUUACAAGAAAACUUAAAAUAGAUUCUGGAUAUGAGAGUGAAAACAAAUCAGGAAUCUACAAGAUUUUUUCUUCAAAAGCAGAUGCAUGGAUGGGUAAAAAAGGAAGUUCAUGGUCACAGAAAGGAAACGAAAGAGUAGAGUCUUUUGAUCCUAUAUUUGGUAGGUUUGGUUGGCAAAGGUUAGAUAUCAAUCAAGAACACGAACCUUGUCCAAAAAUAAGCUCUUGUGUUUCCUCAAAACAAGACUUUCAACUAUUGGAAAAUACCAACAAGAGCAAUAACAAAAUCGAGGCUUCAGGGUUGUGGUUUUCUUCAUUACAUGUUAGUAGAAGUACUACAAGUAGCUCAAGCAGCAGUAUGAGCAUUAAAAGCAAUGCCAUCAUCAAAGAGGAGAGGGAAACCGAUAGUGAAAUCUUGUGGGAGGAUUUGAUAAUGGGAGAACAGAUUGGACAAGGUUCAUGUGGGACUGUAUAUCGUGCACUGUGGUAUGGAUCAGAUGUUGCGAUCAAGUUAUUUGAAUAUCAAGAGUAUCCAGAUGAUUUGAUGGUAUCAUUUAAACAAGAGGUAUCUCUAAUGAAAAAGCUUCGACAUCCAAAUAUUUUGCUCUUCAUGGGUUGCGUGACCUCACCUCCGCAUUUAUCCAUUGUCACAGAGUUCCUUCCCCGUGGAAGUCUGUUUCGGAUACUUCAGCGAAAUACAACCCGAUUAGAUUGGAAACGUCGUCUCCAUAUGGCGAUGGAUAUCGCUCGAGGCAUGAAUUAUCUUCAUCAUUGCAAACCACCGAUUAUUCACCGUGAUUUGAAGUCUUCAAAUCUUCUUGUGGAUAAGAAUUGGACAGUGAAGGUCGGUGACUUUGGUCUCUCUCGUGUCAAGCAUCACACGUACCUCAAAACAAAGUCGGGGAGAGGAACGCCUCAAUGGAUGGCUCCGGAGAUCCUAUGUAACGAGCAAGCAGAUGAAAAGUCUGAUGUAUACAGCUAUGGUGUGGUAUUGUGGGAAAUUACCACUGAGAAGAUCCCAUGGAAUGAUCUUAACCCAAUGCAGGUUAUCGGAGCUGUAGGAUUCAUGAAUCGACGACUAGAGAUUCCAAAAGAUGUUGACCCACUGUGGGUUUCUCUAAUGGAAAGUUGUUGGUGCAGUGAACCACAAUCCCGGCCAACAUUCCAAGAAAUACUUAAUAAACUUAAAGAUUUGCAAAAAAAGUAUGUGGUUGAACACAGGAGAAAGGAACCAUAAAACAAAUCUUGUGCAUGCUUGGUUUCUUCUCUUGUCAGUUGUCACAAUUUUUCCUUUAAAGAAUUCCAUUUGAUUCGGUUACACAAACGAGGGAAGCAAGCUGUACUGCUUACAUACUUGGAGCUACCUUCAGAGGCGAAUGGGAUUUGUGACACGUUCCACAUGUGUUAUACGUGAAAGCGCUUCGCGAUGGAGGAUAAAGUCAUACCACUAUUCCAACUUGGGAUGGACAAAAGAAAUGACUCAUAGAAGAGCCGGGUACACCCUUAAACGUAAGGCAAAGAAACAUCACAAUAAAGAAAUCAAGUUGGUAUUAGUGAGGUGGAAGCAUAAUUAUUUGGGGGAGAAUUUGAUAUAUGACAUUUUUAAACAUCAAAAUAUCAUAUUUGUUCAUUUUAAUUUCUUAAUAUCAUAUUUAUCCUUUAUAAA